AUGGCACCAGAUACCGAGAUACCAAGCGGCGCAAGGACUGCAAACAAUCUAUAUCCACAACGGUGGGGCAACCUUGCUUUAAUGAUUCCGCCCCUUAUCUACGGCGUAACCACUAGGGAGAACCGCCUCUCGAUCGAAUUACCGACGCACAUUCGAUACUCCCUCAAGCAUGGCAACGCGGGUCAGAUCGGGAAGGGUCUCGCCGUUUGGAAUCAGAUUCAUGUCAAAGACCUUGCCAGGGGAUAUAUGGUUCUGCUGCAUUGGAUGGAGCGUGCACCUGUCACUGAGAUUGUGGAGAAUCCGUACUUCUGUUGUGAAAACGGCCAAGAGUUGUCUUCGGGGUGGGCACCCUUGGAGAAGGAAACCUUUGCCUCCUUGGCCGAAGACGAGAUUUCAACCAUCGCGAAGGAAACCGGUGAGUUUACAGGUUAUGCGAGCGUUGUUGCGUCGUUACUGGGAGCGGAGCACCCAACAGCUGUUAUUUUGUCUCUGAAAUAA